GAGAAACUGUCGCAGAGCAGUCAUGGUGGGACCCGGGCCCGCCGCCUCUGUCGAAGAGCGGCAGAGAAAGCUCCAGGAGUACCUAGCAGCCAAGGGAAAACUGAAGAGCCAAAACACCAAGCCCUAUCUGAAAGCCAAGAAUAAUUGCCCGAAUCAAGCACUUUCUAAAUCUACCAUUAGACCGAAAAAGGAUGUUACCAACCAUGUUGUUUUGCCUAUCAAAACUACAAAGUCCAUCAGCAUUAAACUCCAGCCCAGAACAGCCAAUAUCACAGUGUCCCAGAAGCCAAAGUUGGAGCCACCAAAACUUGUGAACAAAAGGCUGACUUCAGGACGUGUUUCUUCUAACCCAAACUGUAAGCCUUCCAGAAAAAGUCAUCAGCAGCCUGAAGCUGGAUCUUCCACUACAGGGGAACUGUCAGAACCCAUGGGGUCACGUAGUAUACAGGAAUUGAAAACUGCAAAGCAGCAGGUCACAGAUCAAGGAAAUGCUAAAUAUACAGACUCUGUGGACAGCACCCAUGUUAAAAACAAAUCUUUGGAUGGCUUUCUAAAAGAGAUGAAUAAAGAAAAUUUGCCCCAAACCUUAUCAGAACCUGAGAGGAAGCCAGGUCCUGAAUUAUGUAUUAUAAGUAAGCCAAAGACUAACUCUUAUAAUCAAACCAAGAGCAGUUUGGCUCCUAAACAAGCUGUGGGCAAAAGUUCAGUAAAUAGUGCUAUACUGAAAAACAAAAUUAAUAAACAAUUUGUUGGAGAAACACAAAUUAGGACUCUACCAGUAAAGUCACAGCAACUCUCUAGAGGAGCAGAUCUUGCAAAAUCAGGAGAAAAACUCCCAAGGACAGUUCCCUCUGGCUUUAUUCAAACCCUCAGUAAGACUCAAGCAUCAAAGAGACCAGUGGUGAAGGACAUAAAGAAUAUAAAGGUUAACAAGAGUAAAUAUGAAAGACCAAGUGAAACUAAGGUAUGGUCUUAUCCUGUUACUGAACAGAAAGUAAAAUAUGCCAAGCCCAGGACAUACCCCAAUUUGCUUCAGGGAGGAUAUAACAACAGACAUCCAAACAUCAAUCAAGUUCAGAAAUCCACUCAACCAUGUUUUAGACCUCAGACAUCAUGUCAAAAUCAAAAAUCAAAAACCAUAAGCCAGAGGCCUAAUUUGACAGUUAGCAGCUUUAAUUCAGUCAUUCCACGCACCCCUAGCAUCAGAGCAAAUGGAAUCAACAGUAAUGAAUACAACAGCAGCAUUCAACAAAAAGCACAGACUUUAGACUCUAAGUUGAAAAAGGCUCUGCCCCAGAACCAUUUUCUGAAUAAGACAGCUCCCAAAACUCAAGCUGUCACAACCACAAAUUGCAAAGGAGUCCCAAAUGGGGCCCAAACUAAUCCUAAUAUUAAAAAGAAGACAAUGGCAGAGGAUCGAAGGAAACAACUGGAAGAAUGGAAGAAAUCUAAAGGGAAAAUCUAUAAACGGCCCCCAAUGGAACUUAAAACAAAAAGAAAGAUAAUAGAGGAAAUGAAUAUUUCAUUCUGGAAGAGCAUUGAAAGAGAAGAGGAAGAAAAGAAAGAACAACUUGAACUGUCCAGUAAAAUUAACAACACUCUGACAGAAUGUCUGCAGCUCAUUGAAGGGGGUGUACUUUCUAAUGAAAUAUAUACCAUAUUGUCGAGCAUUCCUGAGGCUGAAAAAUUUGCUAAAUUCUGGAUCUGCAAAGCAAAGUUGUUGGCAAGUAAAGGUGCCUUUGAUGUUAUUGGACUAUAUGAAGAGGCCAUUAAAAACGGGGCAACACCAGUACAAGAGUUACGGGAAGUUGUUCUUAAUAUUUUGCAAGACCCAAACAGAAACACAGAAGGAAUUACUUCUGACUCUUCAGCUGCUGAAACUAAUAUAACAUUAGUGGAAGAGCGGGCCAAGAAGAUGGAAUCUGGAAAAUCUUGUCUUUCUCUGAAAGAGAGGGAACAGGUUACAGCAACACCCCAAAUAACCAGGGCAGAACAGGAUAAUCAUCUUGGUAUCAAAUUACAGAUUACCCCAAUCCCUAGAAUACAGAGGAUGCCAGGAGUGCCAGACAUGAAGCUUAUUACUCCUGUACGGCGUUCAUCAAGGAUCGAGCGAGCAGUGUCCCACUACCCAGAAAUGCUGCAGGAACACGAUUUAGUCGUGGCUUCUCUGGACGAGCUAUUAGAAGUGGAAGAAACAGAAUGUUUUAUAUUCCGUAAAAAUGAGGCUUUGCCUGUAACAUUAGGGUUUCAAAUCCCUGAAUCAUAAUUUCUUGAUGCUUUUUUUUUAAAAGGUGUUUCAGAGCCUCCAUGAGAUGAGAAAUGUCCUUGUCCAGUUGACCUGGGAAAAGAAAUAUAAUGGAGAGGCAUCAUGGUUGCAGAUUAUGGAUUCAGGACCUAGGAAGUAAUUCACUGGACUUUCUUUCAAAUUUUAUAUCCCCAUGGGAAGUUCUUUGGUUUAUGUGUUGAAGACUGUAGUUUGCCACAGUUUUACAGCAUACACAAAUUUUAAACCAUUGAAUAUUAAUUUACCCCACAAGUGUGAUAAAAAUUUGUACUUUAUUGAUCUACUUUAAUCCCAACAUAGUUGUUUUCUAUAUCAGAAGGUUGGUCCCACGGGAUAAUGAACUUUCUUUUCUUCAUCCACCUUAGCAGAGGGGGAAGUUCCUAAAGCAUGGAAGAGCUGAGCUUUGAAACUAGCUGGCCAGGCUGGAUGGGGUGAGACAGACGGCUGAGUCAAAUGCCCUCAUUUUACAGAUGAGUUUAUACUAGCUAUGUCUUUGCUCAGAGAUCACAAAUGACGUUUAUAUGUCAGCUUUGACUUCCAUCACAGUAUCCUCGUAAAUGAGGGGUGGUUAUUGUCCUUUCUGUGCCAGGUCUCAAAUGAAACACAGUCCUGAAUUGGGGUAGUCAUCUAGCUUUUUAUAUCCAAACCUAAUUUUGCAUUUGUUCUUUAGAAAUACUUUAUGUAAAAACAAAAGGGGGCAGGAGAGAAGUGUGGGAAGGGGACACUUGCUUCUUCACUUCAGUUCUUUGCUCUGCCAGGGAACGGCUGGCCUGAGAAGGCAGUGCAAGCCCCAGAGACCAUUAUAGGUUGCUUUUUCUUCUUCCUGGGCAACUGCACUUGGAAAUGUAAAACCAGAGUCAGUAUGUAUAUAUAAUGUAUAGAAAAACCUAGUCAACCCAUUUUAAAUAUUAGCU